AUGCCCUUGACUCAUGUGGUAUGGAGAAGAGUGGAAAAUGACCAAUAUUUAACAGUAGGUAAAACCACGUGGAAUAAUGAUGAAGCUUUACGAAUUGAUCAUGAAUACAAGGAUAAUGAGAUCACAUCUUGGGAUUUAAGAAUUGUAAAAGUUAGACAAGAUCACGCUGGUGUAUAUGAAUGUCAAAUUACUUCAACUAAAGAAUAUUUGAGGCAUAUUACAUUAACAGUAGUUGGUCCGCCAAUACAACAACCAGGUAAAGGAAAAAACCGUGUACACAAAUUCAAACCUGGACUUGAUGGAAAUAAACACGUGAUGUCAACAGCAGCCGUUAAAGUUACUGGUAAGGAUUAUGUGGAAUUGGGACACCGCAUUCAUCUGAGAUGUAACGCCACUGGGGGUCCCCAGAUGCCAGAGGAGAUCGACUGGUUUAAAGACGGAGAUAAAAUUGACUCUGAAAAAUAUAAACAUAUUAUAAUGACAAAAUACCAUUCUAUAAAACAUCGUGCAUUAAUCAGUGAACUAUAUAUAGACAGAAGUGCCAUGUCGGAUACCGGUACUUAUAUAUGUCGGAGCUCUGAUGACGUCAUUUCCAGCAAAUCUGUGACGGUGUUAUUAGCCGAAUCUCCGAAUGUUAAACGUGUCUGUUGUGACACUGUUAUAAUGUUUAUUAAAUCAAUUGUAUUAUUGCUGUUUCUACAAACUGCAGAUUGUCAACUAUACGACUAUGGUAUAGAUGCUGGUGAUAGUAUUCUGAGACCAACAACUACAGAACCUACUGGCAGUUACAGCUUCAAUAGUGGAUUCAAAUUCCUUGGGAAAUAUUACAAUGAAGUUCACAUUUCAAAGGAUGGACUUGUUGGAUUUAGUGAACAGCUCCAUUAUGUCGAACAUCACUUGUCGGAGAAUCCAGAAGAGGCUAAUUAUCCUUUCCUUGCUCCGUUUUAUUUUAACAUGACAAGAGCAACUGAUAACAUAACUGGAAAGGUAUUUCACAGAGACAAACACAUUUCAAGUUGUAUAUACUAGCAAUAAUAAGGACACAUUUGUUAUUUUCAACUACCAGAAAAUGGAUUUACCUUCUAGUCCAUACCAUCAGGCUGGUUUCAACGGAGGACUAAAUGGCGGAUGGACGGAUGUUUAUUGUGGUUCAGAUUGUUCUCAGAUAAACUUCGCUGAGUUCCCCAGUUUAGCAGGAAGUGACGUCAAGGGUAGAUUUAUGUAUAAAGUGACAAACGAGAUCAUUGUUAGAGGCGGAUGUCUUCCAUCACAAUCGUCCACAGGAAAACUCGAGGUAUAUCCACAUGCACCGAGUUCGUUUGGAGGUGAGAUAAUUGAUAUAUCAGGCUUAUGUAUCGCCAACACCACCAGGGUUCAAUGUAAAUUUGGUAUCAAUGAUCCAGUGGACGCUGUGUACACCUCUACUAUGCUGUACCGAUGUGUGACACCAAUGUUAUCAGCCAAGGGCCUGGUUCCUUUAGAGGUAUUGUUAGACGGAGCCAGUUCCGGUUUAUCAACCUACCUCAAUGUAGCGCAUCCCAGUAGAACAAAGCGCUAUGUCUAUCUGCCUGAUGAUAUGAGUGACAGGGAUGCUAAGACUCUGACUGUCAGAUGGGAAAGCAAGUUUUUAUCAGAAGUUGAGAAUUCUACUGUAGAUGUUAAACUGAUAGGCUACAGAGAAACAAGCGACCAGAUUAUUUGGAAAACGUUAGAUAUUCUCGGAGAGGAUGUACCAAAUAAUGGCGAAUUGAUCUUUAAUCCAUCGGAACAUAGAUGUAAGGGAGACGACUGCAAUUUGUUUGAAAUUGCUCAAAUUCAAAUUCAGUUGGAUGAAGAGUACGUGAUCGAAAACAGCCAAUAUGGGUUCCUCAUAUCCUAUGUAACACCAAUAGGUUGGUAUGUGGUGGAUCAUAUGGUAGCGGAAUAUGGUAAAGACUGGUCACAAGUUAAAUGUGUGGACUGGUACAAAGCUGACAAACAGGACAUGUCGUGGGCAGAAAAUCUCCUGGAUUGUCCCUGUACACUGAAUCAAGCUUUAACUGAUUUUGGUCGAUGGCAGGACGAUCCAGGUUGCAGUAUAUUUAAAGGCAGUAUUUGUAAAUAUCACAUAGGAGCAAUACACUGUGCCAGAGCAUUUAAACCCACAGAAGCUGACGGAUCUGGUAACCAGUGUUGUUAUGGUCGGGAUGGUAAUGUUCGUUAUGCUGCAGAUUCUUACCAAGGUUCAACUCCGGAUAGGAGUCAUGACUGGGGUGCUGAACCUUACAACAAACCGAACCGUGUCCCAUCGUUAUCCCAUUGGAAACAUGAUGUAGUGACAUUUUAUUACUGCUGUCUGUGGGUAGAAUAUAAGUAUUGUGAUUACUACAUGGAACAGAGAGCCACUCGAGACUGUAAAAACUACAAACCACCGAAAACUGCUGCUAUAUUCGGAGAAUCCCAUCUGUUAAGAUUUGAUGGAAUCUCAUUGAAUGGUGUUGGGGAAGGAGAUUUCUGGUUGGUGAAAACACCAAAUAUGAAAAUUCAGGGUCGAUUCAACCGAGUAAAAGAAAAUCUGAAUUCCACCGCUCUAAUUGGUAUUACGGUAAAAGACAAGUCAAGUUCUAAAAUAGAAGUAAGAAUAUCCAAGCCCUUUUCAGCUAAUAGCCGUAAACUGACUGUCCUGGUAGAUGAUGAUAUCAAGACAUUUGAUACUAAGUCAACCAAAUGGCAGGAUUUAAGGGGAUUAACGAUAAUCAACAGUGAAACAAGGGAAGACAGGCAUGAUAAUUUUACUAUAAUAUUAAACAGUGAUGUUGGUAUACGGGUAGGGGUUAAACAGGAUCGUCUAGUAGUUUUUGUGGUUCUACCACAAUCUUUAAAGAAUAUAUCAAGUGGAUUAUUAGGAUCGUGGUCUGAUAAUGAGAAGAACAAGCUGAAACAACCUGAUGGUAGUUUAUUGUCUUCAAGUUUAUUACCAACAGAGAUUUACACCAGUUUCACUUCCCAAUGGAUUGUAUCAGAAGCUGACAAUCUGUUUCAGUAUUCAAUGACUGACAGUUCAUUCGAACCUAUAUUUGAGUUACCUCCCUUACCUAGUGAUGUGACAGAAGAAUCUGUUAAAGCUCUAUGUGGAGAUUCUGACGUAUGCCAGUUUGAUUAUAGAGCUACAGCAUCCGAGGAUGUGGCCACAACAUCGCUACACGCAGAGGAUUGGUAUCACCAAAUACAAUCUUACCAAAUACCAGUUGAUGCAUGUGGUCUAUUAGAUGUACCACGAGGUAAAAAGAGUAGUUUUAACUAUAACAUCAACAGUUCUAUAACUAUCACUGGUUGUAAAUCUGGUUUAUUGUCCGGGACAACUCAUUAUACCUGUCUACCAACUUCUGAUGGUUCCGUCGAGUGGAAACCGAAAGUUGAUGCCAAAUGUACAAGUUCUAUACCUGGAGUAGAAUCGAUGGCAUCCAAAAAUCAAGAGUGUAUUGGGAAGAUCACAAUUUUAACAAUAUUUAUUUUAAUCUUUAUAAAUGAAUAAAAAUGUGAUAUAAUCGAUCCAAUCAUUGUUAUUUCUUAUCAAUCACUGAAUUUGUAAUCAAAUAUUGUAUAUUAAAUAAUAAACCACAUUUGAAUGGAACACGACACCUUGGUUUAAUUUACAACUUCCAUUGUUAUCAUCACCAUAUAUAACUAAAAUAGUUAGAGCUUUGAGAUCUUGGUGAGGAAUUUCGCGGAAAUUCGUCUCAAUGCACAUUUAUACAGAAAUAGUCAGAACUUUGAAAUCUCGGGCAUAUCGUUUCUCUUAGAGCUUUGAGAUCUUGCUCAGUACUUUCAUGGAGACUGGUCUCAAUGUAAUACAGAAAUUAGUUCAAUCGCUGUCACUGUCGUCACUAUGUUCUUCUAUAGUCUGGUUGGGCUCUGCAGGUUCCUUGUUUGAAUACCGGACUUUUACAAGUACAACUUUAGAAUCAUCAUCACCGCUUUUUGCAAAAUGAGAAUUUCUGUGUUUUCGAUGUGUGAAGUCAGCAUACAAUUCCUGAUCGUACGAUUUCAGUAUCUUCACAGUUGUUUCUUUACCGAGAUCAGUAUUGUUAAUUACGUGUAGUUUAGUACGUUUAUCAUUAUUCGUCGACAUGGAUGAUGUUCCUUGGUGCUUCGCAGAAGCGCACGAGGUCACCUUCCUCAUGAUAGGAGUCUGCGGUGGAUCAAUUUUAGUGAUAUCGACUUCCGAACUGGCGUCCGAAUCAUACAAGUCAUCAUUGUCUUUGCUGAUU